AAAGAGAAAAAUUGACAAUGACAUAUAUAUAUAAGUACUACAUAUAUAGACAAUGGCACUGCCGCGACACUUAGAACUAUCAAGUUUUAUUAAAAGUGUUCAUCAAGAAUUGAGAGAAAAUUCGAGAUUGCUAGGACCAGAAAUUGCAUGGAAGAAACAUUGUGAAAAUAAGGAAAGAUUAGAAGAAUAUGCUACGGCAAUGAAAGAACUGGCUUCAAAUUAUUGGAAACUAUCAUUAGACAAUGAAGAAAAUCAACAGAUAUCCCGCAUCGCAUGGAUACAUAAAAAUUCCGAAGAAUAUUUUUCUAGGGAUAUUUUUUAUAUUCGUAUAAAAGAAUCCCAUAUAAUGGAUAAAAUUAAUCAAAGUAGGACUAUUGUGUCUACUGAAAGUUUUAAUAGAAAGUUGCGGGUAUUAGAUGUUGGUAGUUGUUAUAAUCCAUUUCAACAGUUCAGUAAUUUCGAUAUAACUGCAAUUGAUAUUGCACCCGCUACAAAAAGUGUUACUAAGUGUGAUUUUCUCAAAGUUAAAACAGGUAAAAUUUUGAUAUCAAAAGAUGAAGAGAUCGCUCAACUACCUAAUAACUAUUUUGAUAUUAUCAUAUUCAGUUUAUUCUUGGAAUAUCUACCUUGUCAUAAACAAAGGAAAAUAUGCUGCACUAAAGCAUAUGAGUUAUUAAAACCAGAAGGCAUUUUAAUGAUAAUAACACCAGAUUCAAAUCAUAUAGGAUCAAAUGCUAAAUAUAUAAAAUCUUGGAGAUUUGUGUUGGCUAAAAUAGGAUUUUCAAGAAUUAAGUAUGAAAAAUUGCAGCAUGUUCAUUGUAUGAUAUUUCGAAAAGUACCUUAUACAGAAAUUACACUUAGAUGGGCAGAAAUUCAUAAAAAUGAUCAAACUUUUGAUGAACUCUAUAUACCACAGGAUUUCAAAAUGGUAGUCCAAAAAGAAUGUGAUAAUAAAAUCAAACUUUCUGCACAAGACAUUGCAAAUUUCAAUAAUGAGAUGCCUUUUAAAGAUACUUCAGAUUGAAUAUUGCAUUUUCAUGAUAUUUUAGGAUUUUUUAAAGGCACAUCGUUGCAUUAAGAAUUUUACAGUUUACAGGUAUUAUAAUGAAAUCUAAGAAAGAGUCUAAAUUUCUUUGAAAUAAGUCAAGAAACUAGUAUUUUCGAAUUGUGAAUAUAGAAGGGACUAUUCCAAAAAUUCAUUGGCAUAUUUGUUAUUUCUACUUUCUGAUGCUAUUGAGAUUGGUUUUUAAUCAGAAUAGGAUUGGCAUUAAAAUUACAGUCAUGUGCAAAUGAUAUAUUUUCACUUUAAGACACAUGUCUAUGUAAUUUUGGAGACUAGAAAGUCUUACUUACAAAAAAGCAUCAAGUUAUUUACUCUAAGAUAAUCACCUCCAAGAAGUUAACACCACACUUUCCAGUUAGAAAUAUUUUGACAAUUUUUCUAUGUUGUUCCAAAAUAUGAAGUUCGAAAAGUUUUUUUUCACGCAAUUUGCGUAAAAUCAUUUUAUAGCCUGCACCAAAAUUUUUGAGGUAUCGUGAUUUUAAUGGCUAGGUUGUUCUAGAUUGCGUUCAGAAAAAAUUUUGAGAAAUUUGAUUAUUCAACGAUAAUCUAAUUCAAAAUUUAUUUUUUCGAGGUAAUGUUAUACUAGGAUCCUAGCACAACACAGAACUUUUAUUUUUGCAAUAAAAAAUUGGAAUCGUUAUUGAGAAGCCCACAAACAAUGUUGCCCUACAAAAUCCGAGAUUAUUCCAUAUUCUAAUUGCAAUUUAUAAAAAUAUUCUGAUUUACUUCGUCUUUAUGAAACUUUAGCAAAAUUUGUAAAAAUAAUGUAACUCAUCAUUGGCUGUAUUAAUUAGAAGAGCCAAAAUAAAAUAUACUCAAAACUAAAAUUUUAUAUUAAAUAGGAAUAAAUAUAAACAUUGUAGUGUUAA